UUGUCCUCAGAGAGGCUGAGAUCCAGUCUUGUGCCUACCUUGAGAACUUCAAAACCAGAACGAGAAGCACAGUGUCCGUGCGCCAGGGCCAGGGCAUGGUGCUGCUGUGUGGACCACCACCCCAUUCUGGAGAGCUCACCUACGCGUGGAUCUUCAACGAGUACCCGACCUUCGUGCACCAGGACAGCCGGCGCUUCGUGUCGCAGGAGACGGGCAACCUCUACAUCGCCAAGGUGGAGGCGUCUGACGUGGGCAACUACACCUGUGUGGUGACCAACACCGUGACCAACAGCAGGGUCCUGGGCCCCCCCACCCCCCUCAUCCUCAGGAAUGACGGGGUGAUGGGAGAGUAUGAGCCGAAAAUAGAAGUGCAGUUCCCAGAAACUGUUCCAUCUGCAAAAGGAACAACGGUGAAACUGGAGUGCUUUGCCUUGGGGAACCCAGUUCCUACCAUCAGCUGGAGGAGAGCUGAUGGGAAACAGAUCCCCAGGAAAGCCAGGAGACACAGAUCCAGUGGACUCCUUGAAAUCCCAAAUUUUCAGCAAGAAGACUCUGGACCCUAUGAAUGUGUAGCUGAAAACGUGAGAGGGAAGAACGUGGCACGAGGACAACUGACAUUUUACGCUCAGCCCAGCUGGGUGCAGAGGAUCAGCGAUGUGCACGCAGCCAUCGAGGAACGCGUGGCCUGGGAGUGCCGAGCCAGCGGGAGACCGAAGCCCUCGUACCACUGGCUGAAGGAUGGGGAACCACUGCUGCCCCAGGGCAGAGUUCAGCUGGAGCAAGGCUCACUCACCAUCACCAACGUCAGCUUGGCAGAUGCUGGAAUGUACCAGUGUGUGGCAGAAAACAGGCAUGGCAUCAUUUUUGCCAGUGCAGAGCUGAGUGUCAUAGCCAUUGGUCCAGACUUUUCCAAAACCCUCCUAAAGAAGUUGACUCUUGUUAAAGUGGGAGGUGAAGUCAUCAUUGAGUGUAAGCCGAAAGCUUCUCCCAGACCUACUUAUUCUUGGAAGAAAGGCAAAGACAUCCUAAGAGAAAAUGAGAGAAUCACUGUCCUGGACGACGGGAGCCUCAGGAUUGUCAAUGUCACCAAGUCUGACGCAGGAAGCUACACCUGUGUGGCCACCAACCACUUUGGGACUGCGAGCAGCACGGGCAGCUUGGUGGUGAAAGAUCCAACGCGGGUUAUGGUGUCACCUUUCAGCAUGGAUGUCACGGUUGGAGAGAGCAUUGUCUUGCCCUGUCAGGUCUCUCACGACCACUCGCUGGAUAUCAUGUUCACGUGGUCAUUUAAUGGACACCUGAUAGAUUUUGAGAAAGAUGGGGAUCACUUCGAGAGAGUUGGAGGGGAUUCAGCUGGUGAUUUGAUGAUCAGAAGCAUCCAGCUGAAGCACGCGGGGAAAUACGUCUGCAUGGUGCAAACGAGCGUGGACAAGUUAUCAGCUGCUGCAGACCUGAUUGUAAGAGGUCCCCCAGGUCCCCCGGAGGGUGUGACGAUCGACGAGGUGACCGACACCACGGCCCAGCUGUCCUGGAGGGCAGGAGCAGACAACCACAGCCCAAUCACCAUGUAUGUUGUGCAGGCCAGGACGCCCUUCUCGGUGGGGUGGCAAGCAGUGAGCACAGUUCCAGAGAUCAUCGACGGCAGGACCUUCACAGCGACCGUGGUGGGGCUGAACCCCUGGGUGGAGUACGAGUUCCGGGUGGUGGCUGCCAACCACAUCGGCAUUGGGGAGCCCAGCAGGCCCUCAGAGAAGAGAAGAACUGAAGAAGCUCUUCCUGAAGUGACUCCAGCUAAUGUCAGUGGAGGUGGAGGGAGCAAGUCCGAGCUGGUCAUUACAUGGGAGACAGUGCCUGAGGAGCUGCAGAACGGAGGUGGCUUUGGCUACGUGGUGGCCUUCAGGCCCUUCGGCACGGUCAGCUGGAUGCAGACCGUGGUGGCCUCCCCGGACGCCGCCAGAUACGUCUUCCGCAACGAGACGCUGCCGCCCUUCUCGCCCUACGAAGUGAAGGUUGGGGUGUACAACAACAAGGGCGAGGGCUCCUUCAGCCCCGUCACCGUCGUCUACUCCGCGGAGGAAGAGCCCACGAGAGCCCCAACCACUGUGCUGGCCAGAAGUCUUUCUGCCUCAGAUGUUGAAGUUUCUUGGGCUCCCCCUUGGGAGAACCAGCACAAAGGAAGAAUACAGGGAUAUGAGGUCAGGUGUUGGCGACACGACGAGAAGGAAGAGAACGCCAAGAGGAUCCGCACGGUUGGCAAUCAAACCUCCACCAGAGUCAGCAACCUGCGAGGCAAUGCCCUGUACCACCUGGCAGUCAGGGCCUACAACACGGCCGGGACGGGACCCUCCAGCGCCGCCGUCAACGUCACCACCAGAAAGCCACCACCGAGUCAGCCCCCCGGGAACAUCAUGUGGAAUUCAUCCGACUCCAAGAUCAUACUGAACUGGGACCAGGUGAAAGCACUGGACAAUGAGUCUGAAGUGAGAGGCUACAAAGUUUUGUACAGGUGGAACAGGCAGAGCAGCACGUCUGUAAUAGAAACAAACAAGACCUCAGUGGAGCUGUCCCUGCCCUUCGACGAGGACUACAUCGUGGAGAUCAGGCCCUUCAGCGACGGUGGCGACGGCAGCAGCAGCGAGCAGAUCCGGAUCCCAAAGAUCUCCAACGCGUCCGCGCGAGGCUCCGGCUCGUCGCCCUCGGCCGCCUGUGCCCUGUCAGCCAUCAGCACCAUCGUCCUCUCCCUCACAGCUCGCUCCACUUUAUGACAAAGAUGACAACGAGGACUUCUUCUUUAUAAUAUAAGCAACAUUUAGCUAGUUGUUUUGAAGACACCCAGUACUAAGUAAUAUUGUGGUUCGAGUACAUCUUACUACUGGAAAAAA